CACGACCCACUUGGACUCCAAAAGAAAACAGACUAAUAACGGCCGCUGCCCUGAGAAGUUAAAUCGAAAACUCAUUGGUUUGGAUAUAUUCCUCAGGCUUCUUGCCGCCAUUGCAGACGGAAGAGGAGAAUGUCACUGCCAUGGUGGAGCUCCGCCACCGCCGUUCCUUUUCCGUCUCAGCCGCGGCUAAUUACUCAUCAUCGCCACUACUCUCACAUUCAUCUCAGAAAAUUAUGCCCUUCUCCUUCCAAUUUCACCGCUCCCAGAGCUGUAUUGCUUGACGAAAUCGUUCAGCUCAGCCAUAACAAGGUUUUAGUUGCCGCCGGUGUGUCUGCUGCGAUCGGGCAACUGGCGAAGCCUUUCGCUUCUGUUAUUAUCUAUGGCAGAGAUUUCAACUUCAGAACCGCCUUCGAGGCUGGAGGCUUCCCUUCUACCCAUUCCUCUGCGGUGGUCGCUGCUGCGACAAUCCUCGGCGCUGAGAGGGGUCUUGCAGAUUCUAUUUUUGGCCUAACUGUAGUUUACGCGUCCCUUAUUAUGUACGAUGCUCAGGGAGUGAGGAGGGAAGUAGGAAAUCAUGCUAAAGCCAUCAACAAGCUGUUGCAGACAAAGACACAAGUGACCUCGUCAUUUCCCUGUAAAGAUCAAGAUCAUCGAGCCGAUUYCCUGCUCGAAAAUAGAACAUCACCACUCAAUAGAAACCUUGAGAGCAGCAGUCCCAUAUUAUCCGAGGAAGGAACCAAGACCUUAAAAGUUCCGAGUCCAGUAAAGGAGGAUAUUGCAUCCUCAAGCUUGGCAGCAGAUAUGGAAGAAGGGUCAAGAACAAAGGCUAAUCUUUGGAAGCCAUUUAAGGAAUCAAUUGGCCACACUGAGGUUGAAGUUGCAGCUGGUGCUUUGUUGGGUUUCACGGUUAGCCUGAUAACCAAUACAUUAUUGUGAUGUCUUAUUACAAAUUAAUUUUAUAUAUUCAAAAUGAUCUCACAAA